UAUCUCCCAAAACCCCUACAACCGAUUUCACCUACAACCCAGUUCCCCUACAACCCAUUUCCUCUACAACCCAGUUCCUCUACAACCAUUAUCCUCUACAACCCAGUUCCUCUACAACCCAGUUCCUCUACAACACAGUUCCUCUACAACCCAGUUCUCCUACAACCAAUUUCCUCUACAACCAAUUUCCUCUACAACCCAGUUCCUUUACAACCCAUUUCCUCUACAACCAAUUUCCUCUACAACCCAUUUCCCUUACAACCCAUUUCCUCUACAACCCAUAUCCCCUACAAGCCAGUUCCUCUACAAUUAGUUAAAACA